AUGGUUGCCGCACGGAGGAAGAGCAGUGAGAACGGAACUGGCAGCGAGGCCGCUCAUCCGACAAAAAAGCAAGUGACAGAUGCAGUAACUCCCAAAGACGAAAUUUGCAUCAACACUAUCCGAGGCUUCGGUGCAGAUGCUCCUGCAGCUGCGAAGAGUGGACACCCAGGAGCACCUAUUGGCUGUGCCCCGAUGGCCCACUGUCUGUUCGGCCACGUGAUGAAGUACUACCCUAAAGACCCCAGGUGGUUCAACAGAGAUAGAUUUGUUCUCUCCAAUGGGCAUGCGUGCGUACUGCAGUACACGAUGCUGCAUCUUGCAGGAUAUGAUCUCUCAAUCGACGACAUUAAAAAGUUUCGGAAGCUUCACAGCAAGACCCCUGGUCAUCCUGAGGUUGGGCAUGCACCGGGUAUUGAAGUGACAACCGGUCCUCUCGGCCAAGGCAUAUCUAACAGUGUUGGCUUGGCGAUCGCUGCUCACCAUAUCUCUGCGAAAUAUAACAGGCCGAAUUUCAAUUUAUUUGACAACUAUAUCUACUGCAUAUGCGGAGACGGAUGCUUACAGGAAGGCGUUGCUAGCGAGGCCUGCUCUCUCGCAGGGCACUUGGGUUUGGGCCGCUUGAUUGUGUUGUACGACUCGAACAAAAUUACGAUAGAUGGGGACACAUCGCUCAGCUUCACGGAGAAUGUUUUACAGCGAUUUAACGCUUACGGGUGGCACACGCAGACCGUAAAGGACGGAGAUCGAGACAUUAGUGGUAUUCUACAGGCCAUUAGAAGGGCGAAAGCGGUGACGGACAAGCCAUCUCUCAUUGAAAUCAAGACAACAAUUGGAUGGGGUAGCCAGAACGAGGGGACGGAGAAGGUACAUGGAGCUCCUCUGAGUGCUGACGACAUAAAACAGCUCAAGGAGAAAUUAGGCCUCAACCCCAACGAAGACUUCCACGUACCAGAGGACACCAGAAAAUUCUAUGCGGGAGUUGCCGCUCGGAACAAAGCAGAAUAUGAUGCAUGGCAAACGCUUUUUACCAAGUAUGGAGAGGCAUAUCCAAAGGAAAAACAAGAAUUAGAAAGAAUGUUUGGUAGAGAAGUGAGCGAACAAGCUGAAACUGCGCUGAAAGACAUGGCCAAGGCAGCAGCAGACACCCCGGCCUCCACAAGAGUUCUCUCUGGGAAAGCACUCAAUGCAAUCAAGGAUUUCAUGCCAGAGCUUAUCGGUGGGAGUGCCGAUCUGACGACGUCAAACGAGACGCGACUGAAGGGUGAAACGGCAUUUUCUCCCAACCCGAAAUUCGGGUCUUACGCAGACCGUUAUAUUCACUUCGGGGUGAGAGAGCAUGGCAUGGCUGCUAUUUGCAAUGGGUUGUAUGCUUACGGCUGUUUCCGCCCCUUCGGUGCCACUUUCCUCAACUUCAUCACCUACGCUUGGGGAGCGGUGAGACUCGCAGCUCUCUCCAAGCUUGGCUGCUUAUUCAUAUCUACUCACGACUCAAUUGAGCUUGGAGAAGAUGGACCAACGCACCAGGCGGUGGAGGUCAUCCCCCUCUGCAGGGCUUUGCCCAACAUGCUCUGCGCUAGACCGGCAGAUGCGAACGAAGUGGCAGCCGCUUAUAUCACCUGGUUGAGGCAUGCUACGGGUCCCACAGUCAUCUGCUUGUGCCGUGGGGGCAUCCCUCCGAUUGCUGGAAGCUCAGUAGAAAAAGCGCUGAAGGGAGGUUACAUUGUUUCGGACUUUGCCAAGUCGGGAAAGCCCCAGGUUAUUAUUGCUGGAAGCGGGUCGGAACUUCAAUUUUGUGUCGAGGCGAAAAAGCUGCUUACAGAGUGCGAUGUUCGCGUUGUUUCCAUGAUGUGUUGGGACACUUUUGAAGAGCAGCCCGAGGCUUACAGAGAGGAAGUAUUAAUGCUGAAGGAAAGAAAAGAGGGGAAGGUCCUGUGUGCAUAUGUUGAAGCCGCUGCAACUCUAGGCUGGGACAGAUAUUUCGACGUGCACAUCGGAAUGAAGGGCUUCGGUGCAAGCGCCCCUCGAGCCGACAUUUGGAAAGCAUUCGGUUUCACAGGAGAGAACGUGGCAAAGAGUGUCAGAGAGGCAUUAAAGAAAUAA